GAGAGAGACUGUGAGAGAGAGUGAGAGAUAGAGAGUGAGAGUGAGAGUGAGUGUUGUGUUGCGCGCGGAUGGCGUUCACCACUCUAUGUACUGAACAUUGAAUCCAUGCAUACAUUACAGUUAGAGUGCAAUCCAGUGCCACAACCAACUGAUCCCCGCAUUCACCCAAUUGUAUAGAUUGUGAAGAUAUGUGAAGAUAUGUUGCACUCGUAUGUGAAAUGUGUUCACCACUGAAGUGCAUCCCAUGUAUCCGUUCACACAUUUCUUCCUAUGGCUGUGUUUGGGUGCACUUUGGCUGAGGCUAUCGACCCCCUCCCCCGUCAGAGUGUCUGUGCCCAUCUCUCCAUCCAAUACUCCAAACGUUGAGGAAUUUUUGCUAAGAUAUGGAUAUUUAGGCGAAACGGACAGAAAUAGUAUCAAUUUGUUGAGUGCCGAUGGGCUCCGGGAUGCCAUCAUUGAGAUGCAAAAGUUUGCUAAUUUAGAGCCCACGGGUGUGGCCGACAACACGACACUCGCCCUCAUGAGUGGCAUGAGGUGUGGUAUCCCCGAUAUCAUCCAUUCUAGUCAACCACACAAACGCCGAUUCAAGCGAUACUUUCUUCAGGGAUCCAAAUGGAACCGAACGGCACUCACCUGGAGGUCAGUUGUCAGACACUCUUUGCUUACGAAGAAUAUCGCAUAA